CUAGGCUUGCGCUUGGCCUCUCGCAGAGUCUCGCGUGUUUUUCUAGGGGCAAGCUGCUUGGAUGGGGAAGCCGAGAAAAUGGAGAUCGGAGGGCUGGGGUCAGUUUAGCUGGUGCUUUGGUUGUUAGUUGGCCUUUGGAAAGCUUCUUAGGUCGCCUGGACCAUUAUUCCCAACGAAUAAUUGGGAAAAUUAGCCGGAGAAAAUCUCGAGGGGUGGAGGCAUUUUUUCCCCCUUAGCUCCGCCCUCUUCCUGUUUGGCGCCUGGAGCGUUUGUCCUCCAAGAGGAAAGGGAAGCCUGGCGGGACUGUGGAAGAGCGCUUUGCGCAUGCGCGCCCGAGUGUGUGCGGGUUGGGGGUGUGUGUGCGUGUGUGCGUGCUUGCGCGCGCGCCCGCGCGCCGGCAUUUAGGAAGCUUGGGGAGGGUCGGUGUGCUGGGAGGUAAGCGGGGAACGCACAGUGCACUCUAGUUGGCCCCAAACGCUCCUGACUGUGCGCUGAAGCUCUCCACCCAUCCAGGCAGCAGCCUUUUCAACACAGGCUGUGGUCCACAUCCUCUGUUCGUUUCCACUGCAGGACCAGGCACGAAAGCUAAAACAAAAUGAAGAUUUUUUCUGAAUCUCACAAAACAGUAUUCGUUGUGGAUCACUGCCCUUACAUGGCAGAAUCAUGCAGACAGCAUGUCGAAUUUGAUAUGCUAGUAAAGAACAGAACCCAAGGAAUCAUCCCUUUGGCCCCCAUCUCUAAAUCGUUAUGGACUUGCUCAGUAGAAUCUUCCAUGGAAUAUUGUAGGAUAAUGUAUGAUAUAUUUCCCUUCAAAAAGUUGGUGAAUUUCAUUGUGAGUGAUUCUGGAGCACAUGUUUUAAAUUCUUGGACUCAAGAAGACCAAAAUUUACAGGAGCUAAUGGCAGCAUUAGCUGCUGUUGGACCUCCUAAUCCUCGGGCAGAUCCAGAGUGCUGCAGUAUUCUGCAUGGUCUUGUUGCAGCAGUGGAAACUCUUUGUAAAAUUACUGAAUACCAACAUGAGGCUCGAACUUUACUUAUGGAGAAUGCAGAACGUGUUGGAAAUAGAGGACGGAUAAUCUGCAUUACUAAUGCAAAAAGUGAUAGUCAUGUGCGAAUGCUUGAAGACUGUGUUCAGGAAACAAUUCAUGAACAUAACAAGCUAGCUGCAAAUUCAGACCAUCUCAUGCAGAUUCAAAAAUGUGAGUUGGUCUUGAUCCAUACCUACCCAGUUGGUGAAGACAGCCUUGUGUCUGAUCGUUCUAAAAAAGAAUUGUCUCCUGUUUUAACCAGCGAAGUUCAUAGUGUUCGUGCAGGACGGCAUCUUGCUACCAAAUUGAAUAUUUUAGUACAGCAACAUUUCGACUUGGCUUCAACUACUAUUACCAAUAUUCCAAUGAAGGAAGAACAGCAUGCUAACACAUCUGCCAAUUAUGAUGUGGAACUACUUCAUCACAAAGAUGCACAUGUAGAUUUCUUGAAAAGCG